CGAGCUUUCAUUAUGGUCACUUCAUUCCCGAUCAUGAGCUGAGUAUAGGAUCAGUCAAUGGAUGAAUAACAUGUGCUUCUAACACUUCACAUUCCACCCUGUGAUCCACCAGAGCAAAGCAAAAUAAUCUCAAUGAAUAAAAACAAAUGCAGUCAAAUGAGAAUGAAGUAAAACAAAUUCAGUUAGAGCUACCUGAUGUAGAAUGACAUUACAGUGGAGUAAAACAAACAAAUUCAUUCAUUUAUAGGAAAUAAUUAACAACUAAGAAAAUGACAGGCAGUGGCUUAUAGCCUAUAUAAACGCACACAUAAUACUUGAGCUUGCUUAGCAUUACACACAGCACAUCUCAUCAGUCUGCAAAUUAGAAGACAUACACACAAUGAAAAUUACUUUAAGUUUACUUAUUUUCUUUUUACUUGUAACCAAGAGUUACCAAAAAAACCAAUGGGAUGGCUUUGGUUUGGCACUCAUAUGGCCCCCAGGCUAUUGUGCUUCCCUUGGUACCCGUUGCGUAGUGAGUAAGGUGAAAUCCGAUUUCACCAUCCAUGGUCUAUGGCCAUUUGUCAACUCCGGAGCAACGCUUGGGCCUGAACAAAAUUCAAAACCAUAUCAGCCAAUUCCAAAGAAUUCUCCGCUCUUCAAUCCACUCACUGCAAAUUGGCCUAGUAUUGAAGUAAACAAACCUGAUGAUGGUUUUUGGGCACACGAGUGGAAUAACCAUGGCAGGGCUUCCUUUACCCUCUUCAAUCAAACUCAAUACUUCGCUAAAGCACUGAAUCUGUUGCACAGGAACAAUAUCGCGCGUGUUUUACAAAAUGGUGGAAUUGCUCGCGGUCACCAGUACAAUGAUACCCAGAUUCUUAAAGCAAUCCGUCGUGCUUUAAAUGUGGAUGUCAAAAUUCAAUGCACAGCAAAGUACCUCGUCGAGGUUAGAAUCUGCUUUGAUCAAGCUGCAAAAGCCAUGAUCAACUGUAACACCAAAGGCAUCAGAGGAUACUGCCCAAAAAGCUUUACCUUCAAAUAAGCUUUGGAUGUUUGGGAUUUUAGAAAAUAAUAAAUAAAUGUUGAAUGCUUUACCUA